GCUCAGUCCAAAGGAGGCAGCCGGCGAACGCGUUUUGCCUUCCAUUUUCCACCUCCGAGAAAGCCGCGAAUUCAAUUCCAACGCCCCAAAGCGUGCGUUGUCUUAUCGAGUAGGCAAUUGGCUGGCCCAGCGAUCACAGGUUGCACAACCCAUUACCCGGAAUAGCAAAAAUCCCUCGCCAAAGGAAUAGCACUCCAUCAAGAUGGCCGGCAUGGGCACUGGAUUUUCCAAGUGCUUCAUACUCUUCAUGGCGAUUGUCAUACUCGUCCAGGGAGUUGCCUACUUGGGCUUGUCCAUCUGGGGCAUCACCUUCCGGGAGUGCCCAGAUGGUGUUACUGAGUUCAGCUCAAAUCCCUUCAAGUACGCCAUGGAGCUCAUUUACUUUGCGCAGGAGGAAUGUGGUGAGCCGAUGCUGAAGGUGGCAGACGAAGAAUUUCCUUUGAACAUAGAUUGGAAAACGUCCUAUGCUAUAACCAACCGGGAGUUCAUCUUCAUGAUAACCUACGCAGUUAUUAGCGGACUCUGGGUCGCCACUUCGGUGUUGGUAAUAACCACUUUGUGCAAUCGCACCACCAAGCUGAUCUCCGGAGUGGUCUAUUGGCCCUGGUUCCUAUCCGUGCUAGGUGGCAGUAUCCUCGAUGUGGUGGCCACGGUGUAUCAUGGAAUCGACAUAAGUCACACAACGUCCAUGAAAGAUGCACUUGAUUACAUUGGAGUCUCAUAUAGCGAAACUGUUAGUAAUGUUUGGACCCUAAUGGAGCCCUUCGGCGUAUACUUCUCGACGCCAUCGAUUCUUCUACUGUGCCUCACAAGUCGCGUGGCCAUCAUCUGGCUGCUGAACAUCAUUGGAGUCACCUUCUGUCUCUCGUUGUCCGGAAUCAUGGCGGAGCAGAAUGCGAAAUCAGCCGCCGUGAGCAGGAGUCAGGCUCCCACCCGACAGCCGACACCACAGCCUGCGGUGGCAUUAGUCCAGCCGGUGGUGGAGGCCACCCUAGUGGAAUCUGUUCAGCCUUCUGCCCCGCAAGAGAGCCCUCAAUAUCCGGAGCAGAUCCGACCCAAGCCGCUGCCCAUUUUCAUUCCCUCGGAGCAGGGUGCCCAGCGUCCAAACUCCCAGCAGUUUGCACCCGGAGAUCGCACCACUUUACAGUCGCCCGUGAUGGUGCUACCACCACAAGUUCCGCAGCAGAGAGAUGUUGUGUCCCCGCAGCCUGACAUCAACACCUAUCGCACCACCGAAGCUCAUCCCGACCACCUCAACUAUCCACCUUCGGAGCCACAAACUCCACGUGCUCCUUCGCCGGCUGUCCAACAACUGGCGGUGACGUCGCCAUUAAACAAUCGCUACAGCGAGAUAUAUCCUGCUCCCGUAAAUCCCCGCGUUAGCGAAGAGCUGCGCAACCAGAUGCCUUGGUCGUACACCAGCAUGGUGACUAAGCCACCACCGCCGCCACGCAAGCCCCAACUCCAAGUGCAGAUCUACCCGCAGAUUCCGGAGCCCGACUAUGCGGAUCACUAGUCAUUAUAGUAGUGCAAGCUGCU